AUGUCAAGCAUAGCGAAAAAGACCCAAUACAAUAUUAAGGUCGAUAUACACGAAGUAAAAGACUUAAGUUUUCGUGAGAGUGCGAAUGAGAAAGAAAUUAUACCAAAUCCUUAUAUUGAAGUGACAGUAAAUAAUGAGAAGAAGAGUACGACAAAAAAGAAUCAAGCAGUAAAUGUUGUAUAUAAUACAUCAUUUAAUUUUUCACAAGAUUUAACAGAUUAUAAAUUUGAAAGGACUAGUGUAGAUGUAUGUGUUUUACAUAAAUAUACUAUUCAAAGUGCUUUAAUAGGAAAAUGUUCCUUUGGUUUAAAUUUUGUUUAUUCCAAAGUUCAACAUUGGUUAUAUAGGGUAUGGGUAAAAUUAAGAAAUCCAGAUUUACCAUUAGAUGAUGUGGGUUUUUUAUUAAUAUCCGUUGGUGUUUAUGGUCCAGGAGAUUCUAUACCUAUUGUUAAUGACAGUGUUAAAACGGAUAUUAAUGAAGAUGUAUUUAGUAAUAAAGGUUUGGAUAUACAUAUUACACAUUAUGAUUUGUGUUUGAAUAUAUUUAGAGGUCAAGAUAUAGAAUUAGUAGGUCAUAGUACACUGUUUUCUAAUAUACUUGAACCAUAUGUAAAAGUAUCACAUAAUGGUUUUGAAGAAUGUACUAAAGUAAUUAGAAAUGAUCCGAAUCCAGUAUGGAAUUUAAGUAUUCAUAUUCCUACAUGUACUCCUUGUUAUGAUAAAAAUAUUCUUGUAGAAUUAAUAAAUGGAGAAUAUAAUGGUAUUGUUAUAUAUAGUAUUCUCUUAGAUUUUUUUGAAAUAUUAAAAAGAGAAUUAACACCAAGAUGGUUUAAUAUUUAUUAUAAUCCACAAAAUCAAAUCAUGCCCAGAUAUAGUGAAUAUAUGCAAAACGGAUCAAUUCAAAUAAAUUUAAAUAGUACUACAACUAAUAAUAAUAAUAAUAAUAAUAAUAAUACUACCACUGCUAUAAACCCUUUAGGUAAUUAUCUUUUCUCAGGAGCAGCUGAAAAAAUAUUUAAAAAUGCUACACAAGCUAUUAAUAUUAAUGAUAUAUUAGGUGUAACGAAAGUACAAAAUAUGUUUACUGAUGAUACAUUAAAGGAGUUCUAUUUAUAUGGUGGUCGUAUUUUUCUGAGUGCAAAUGCAACCAAAACACAUUCACCAGGUCCUAUUUGUAUAAAAUCAGCAAAAGUAGAGGUAGAUGCACCUAACAAAGAAUACAUUUUUUGUGCUGACAUAUAUGAAAUCUUAUCCGUUCGAAAUAAUAAAAUGGGAAAUUAUGACGAUUAUGAUGGUGGCUACACCACCACCACCACCCCCAACAACAACAACAACAAUAAUAAUAAUAAUAAUGACAAUAUUUACAAUAGUAACAAUAUUUAUAAUAGUGCAAGUGAAAAAAGACGAAGUCGAUACAAUAAUAAUUAUGAUGCCAGCGGAGAAAGUAUCAUCUGCGUUUGUGCUCUUGGACCACAUAAACUAAAAACCAUUCCUCUUUUACCAAAUGAAGUUGGUUCUUAUGUUUUAAACGAAAAUGUUGGUAGAAUAGAUGAAUUUCGUAUAUUUUUACCACAAAAUAAUAAUGAACAAAUAUAUGAUAUAUUUUUAUAUAUAUACAUAAAAUCGAAUUUAGCCGUUACAAAUUGGAUUAAUAAUAGAAGAAGUAUAUAUAAUAGUGUCUUAUUAAACAAUGAAUACGAAUCCGGAGAUAGAAAUAAAAAACAGGGAUUACAUAAAAUGGGUUCUAUAAAUAAUAUAUCAGAAGAUAUAAUGCAAGAUUCGGAUUUCUUAAAUAAUUAUAAAUUAACAAGUUAUGUACGUAUUCCAUAUAAAUAUCUUUUAUUAAAUGAAAACAAGCCUAAAUGGUUUUCUAUGAAGAAUAUUGAAACAAAUGUUCAUGAAUAUAAUAUAUCUUUUUUUGCUAAUUUAAUACCUUAUCAUGCUUAUAAAAAAAGACCCAAAAGAUUAGAAUAUAAAUUAUCUAGAUAUUUUUUUCGUGCUUUAAUAUAUGAAGGAUUACAUUUCCCAGCAAAAGGAUAUAAUGCUUUUCCAGAUCCUUAUAUUAAAAUUGAACUAGCUGGACAAGUAAUUAAAACAAGUACUAUUUUACAUACAUUGAAUCCGAAUUAUUAUGAAGCAUAUGAAGUACAAGUUAUAUUACCUACUAAUUUAAAUUUAGCUCCUGAUAUAUCUAUAGAAGCCUUAUCUGUAAAUAAAUCUUUUUUAUAUAAUGAUGAUAUAUUAUUGGGAUCAUGUACAUUUCCUAUUAUGAAAGUACCAACUGAAUGGAAAAAAUCACCUAUAUGGAUACCCUUAAAAUCAUCACAAUAUAAAAAAUGUAAAGCUAAACUUCUUGUUGCUUUUGAAUUAGUACCUGCAGAAAAAGUUCUAGAUGAUACAUAUCCAUUUUAUGAUGAUAUAAGACCUUCUACUUUACCUGGUCACGUGUCUUUAUUUUUAAUAGGUAUACGAAUGUUUAAACCUUUAAAAGAUCCUUCUGUAACGGUUUGUUUUGGUAGAGAUGUUGAUGAUACAUCUCAAUUUUUGUGGCAUGAAACUACUAAUAAAGUAAUAUCAGGGAAAGAAGGUAAUUGGAACUUUUUAAAAUAUUUUUCUUUAGAUGUUAUGUUACCUAAAAGAAUGCAACACCAUAGUUUUCUUGAAGUUAGAAUAGAAGAUAGGAUAUUAAAUAGUGGAUUCACAGGAACUACAGUUGGUAAUAAGCAUCCUGUAAAUGCAACAAAUAAUAAUCUUUUAAUAGGGACUGCAUAUAUAACUCUAAAUCCAUUACUUCCAUGGCUAGAUAAUUAUGAAAAAAAUGAAUGUGUAGAAUUAUUUAAGUUACAUUUACUGGAAGAAGUUUUAAUAGAAGAUGCAGAGAUGGAUAGAAAAUCUUACAACAGUGCAUUGAUAUAUAAAAAGAGUUCAAUAAUGUCAAGGAAAUUGUCUAAUGAUAAUUUUGAAACGCAGGAGAUGGGAGAAGAAAAUGGUAUAUUUAAUGAUAUACCCAUGAAUACUUUGGAAGAAAAUGUGACCAUUAGAGGGGAUGAUAACAGUGAUGAUGAAAGGGAUAAUAGUUAUGAUGAUGACAGGGAUAAUAGUUAUGAUGAUGACAGGGAUAAUAUUUAUGAUGAUGACAGGGAUAAUAUUUAUGAUGAUGACAGGGAUAAUAUUUAUAAUGAUGACAAGGAUAAUAUUUAUAAUGAUGACAAGAAUAAUAGUUAUUAUGAUGACAAGAAUAAUAGUUAUGAUGGUGAUGAUAAAAGUGGUCAUUAUAAUCAUACGUGGGAAGAUAAUAAUAAUAAUAAUAAUAAUAAUGUAACUCGUGAUCAUACUUGUAAGCAUAAAAAUGAAGAUAAUAAUAACAGAAAAGAAGACGAAAAAAGAAAAAGGGAAAAAAAAAAUAUAUAUACAACAAACAAUGAUAAAAGAGAAAAUAAGAACACACAUAUUAAUAACAAAUAUAAACAUGUAAUAGAUAUAAAAAAGAAGAAAAGAAAAAAGAAUAUAAAGAAAUAUAUAAAUAAUGAAUAUGUUCCAUACAAUGAUCCAGAUUUUUCUAAUGUACGUAUAGAAGAGACAUUAGAACAUGUAUGUUUUAAAAUAAAUGAUUUAACAAAAAAAGAGAAUACAUAUAUAUAUUAUAAUGAUGAACAAGAAACCUUAUGUGAUAGUAUUUCAACUGAGAAAAGAAAAAAAUUAAAAGAUAUACAUUUUUUUAAAGGUGGUAAACAUGAUGAUAAAGAAAAAAAAAGUACCAUAAUAGAUAGAAAACAACCUACAACGAUAUAUGGAUUUAAUGAAGACAUGUUAAAUUUUCAAUUAUCUUUAGCCGACGAUGAUGAACAAGAAGAAAUUCAAAGAGAUGAAAUGUUAUAUGAAUAUGAGGUAGAUAUGAAUACAGAUGAUUUACCAUAUUUAAGAGCAACAAUUUUUAGAUGUACAGAUUCAGGAGUUCCUGAAGCAGUUGGAUAUUUGAAAUAUAUAUGUAAUGUGUAUGAUGAAAAGACAAUGUAUUUAAAAAAAGAAAUGAUAAAGAAAUGUGAUGAUUUAGUAAGAGAAUAUAGAUUAACACGUAAUUUAGUAGUACGUGCAUAUAUUAUACAAGCAAGAGGUUUAAAUCCACCCUCAGGUGCAACCGAUAUAACAACAUAUAUAUGGAUAAAGAAUAGUAAUGAUAUGACAAAUAUUCCAGGAGGAUUAUCUCAUAAUAUAAAAGAUACAGGUCAUACAAAGAAGCAAGGAUAUAAACCAGAAUUUAAUAGAUGUUAUCAAUUAUUAUGUUCAUUUCCUGAUGAAUCAAUUGUACAAGUAUGUAUAAUGAAUCAAGGUUCUUUAUCAGAUGAAAUUAUAGGAUAUACAUAUAUAGAUAUGGAGGAUAGAUAUUUUAAUCAAAAAAUUCGACAAUUAAUGAUAGAUGAUAUUAUGCCAAUAGAAUUAAGAUCUUUAAAAUUAGAAAAUAGUACAAUAUCUCAUGGAUCUUUAAGAUGUUGGUUUGAAAUAUUUAAUGAAGAAUUUGCUCAACUAAAUCCCAUAAAAGUUUUAUGUUCCAAUGAACCUGAUGAUUAUCAAUUAAGACUUGUUAUAUGGAAAGUAAAUAAUGCUGCUAUGGAUGAUAAUUCGACAAUAAGUUUAUUUGUUAGAUGUAUUUAUACAGAUGAAGAUCGUGAAGAUAGAAGAGAUACAGAUACACAUUAUAAUAGUAAAGAUGGAAAAGGAAUAUUUAAUUGGAGAUUUGUUUAUAAUAUUAAAAUACCAACUAAUGCAACAAAUAUUAAAAUUCAAAUUCAUAAUUAUGCUUUAUUAUCAUCGAAUGAGCCUAUAGGUGAGGCAACCUUAGAUUUGUCUGCUCAUUUUUAUAGGGCACGUAAGAAAAAGGGUUAUUACCCGAUACCCAGAUUUUGGCUAUCGUGUAAACACCCAGCUCACAAAAAUAAAGUAAGAGGAAAUGUAGAAAUAGAAGGGUCCAUUCUAAUAAAAUCUGAGGCUGAACUUGACCCAGUUGGUAAUGGAAGGGAUGAGCCUAAUAAAGAUCCUUAUUUACCUCCAGUUACUGAAAAUAGAACAUAUGUUGAUUGGGUGACGAUAAAUGAAAAAUUUGGUGCUGCAACAGCUUCGAUUAUGUAUGGCUUAAAAUGGACAG